AUGAGUUCGUUCCUCAUCACCAGGCUGCCGGACAAACUAAUGCUCCGAAUUCUCUCGUACUUGUCUCAUCCGGAGCUGUGCAACAUUGCGAGGGUUUGCAAACAGUGGCGGCGUUAUGCCUAUGACUCAUCAUUGUGGCAAUCGUUAAAUCUUCGUCCGGAAUUUGGUGGCAUUUCUGUGAGAUCGGUGGACGACUUACUGUAUCUGAUUCACCAUCGGUCAGCCGCAGGAUUACGCACCAUUUCCCUCUCUAGUGAUUUAAUCACGGUUCCUGUUUUGGAAGAGCUUGGGAACCGAUGUCCAGCGCUUCGGUCUCUAACUCUGGACUUCAGCAACGCCAUGCAGCUACACGAUUUUAAUGAAUUAGUGGCUUUCCCGUCCUCCUUGCACUAUUUGUGCAUAUGCCUCAGCGACGUUAUUUUUAUGGAAGGGCUUAUGAGGAAGAUAUACUCCUACUUAUCGUCUGUUGAAAUUCUACAUCUAAUCGGCACGUUUGAGCAAGCGACAGAGGAAGAAGAGGAGAUAUACGAGGUUAUCAAUAUCAGUAAAAUAAAGGCCCACACACCAAAUUUGCGCGUUAUCAACCUAUAUGGUAUCAACUUUAUCGAGGACAGCCAUGUGGAACUUUUGGCUACCAACUGUAUUCAUUUGGAAUGCGUGGCGCUCAACUUCUGUCUAAAUGUCAAAGGUUCUUCGUUUGCUUUGCUAAUCGCAAAUUGUACAAAGGUAAAAACGCUGCUACUCGAACAUUGUGGUUUGAGAGAUGAGUAUAUGAUGGCCGCUCAAUGGGAAAAUUCAAAAAUUUGUGAACUUGACCUAACAUCCACAGAAUUAUCGACGGAGUGUUUGGAAUAUAUUAUUUCACGAAUUCCAUACUUUACCUACUUCGCAGUGGGACAUAGUGAUUUUUUUAACGAUAAGCAUUUGAAUUAUCUUUGUGAAAGCGGAAAGUUACGUAACCUGAGGGCCAUCGACCUGAGCUAUACACCCUCGCUUGGAGAGCAGUCUGUGACAACUUUCUUGAAAACCCAUGGAAACAAUCUGCAUGGUCUGAUGCUACAUGGUAAACCAACGCUUGCAGAAUACUUCUGGACUACAGUCAUACCAAACUUGAAGUCUAUCCGUAUAUGUGUACUCGGUGCAGCUCACGGAUGGUUCUUCAAGUACAACACCCGUGUACAUAUUGAUAAGAUCUUGGAAGGUUUCGCGGCACAUUGUCCAAAUUUGACUGCACUGGAAAUACAAUGGGAUCCAGAGACCAUUCGUUUUUCCGACAAAAGCCGAAAGUUUAUCGAUCGAAUCAGAAUGAAGUGUCCGCGCUUGAGGUCGCUGACGCUCAGUGAUGGGAAAUACUACGAAAUGGUUAAGGGAAACUUUGAAAGGGCUGAAUGCCCUAGAGUUGUACGAACCAAUACCACAUACAAUACCAACAUUGUCACUCUGAUAGAACGUUACAAGGAUCUUCAGUUCAACUAG